AAGAAGCAAAAAACAUAAAAAAGGCUGCUCCACUUUGCAACGCUCUCUCUUCUCUCGCUUUGCUAAUAUGGAGGAAGACCUCUUCAACUGGUUCAAGUUCCUUGUCAUCUCUUUCACCGUCUUUUUGUUAGUUUUAAAACUUACAAUUCUGCUUUGGUGGACACCCAGAAAAAUUGAAGACCAUUUCUCUAAGCAAGGGAUCAGAGGUCCUCCUUAUCAUUUCUUCAUUGGAAAUGUUAAGGAGUUGGUUGGCAUGAUGCUUAAGGCUUCUUCUCAACCCAUGCCUUUCUCUCACAACAUUCUCCCUCGAGUUCUCUCCUUUUACCAUCACUGGAAGAAAAUCUAUGGUGCAACAUUUCUUGUAUGGUUCGGACCUACCGUUCGCCUCACCGUCUCCGAUCCCGACCUCAUUCGUGAAGUGUUUACUUCAAAGUCUGAAUUCUAUGAGAAAAAUGAGGCACACCCACUUGUUAAACAGCUUGAAGGUGAUGGUCUCCUCAGUCUCAAAGGAGAAAAAUGGGCUCAACAUAGGAAAAUCAUAACACCCACCUUCCAUAUGGAAAAUCUCAAACUGCUGGUUCCAGUGGUGGCAAAAAGCGUAACCGAAAUGUUGGAUAAAUGGCUAGCAAUGUCAAAAUCCGGGCAGGUAGAAAUUGAAGUUUCAGAGUGGUUUCAACUUCUUACCGAAGAUGUAAUUACUCGAACUGCAUUUGGUAGUAGCUAUGAAGAUGGCAAAGCCAUUUUUAGACUACAAGCUCAACAAAUGGAGCUGGCAGCUGAGGCUUUUCGGAAAGUAUUUAUCCCUGGCUACAGAUUUCUACCCACAAAACGGAACAUAAAUUCGUGGAAACUAGACAAGGAAAUCAAGAAAUCGUUAAUGAAACUGAUCGGAAAGAGAAAAGAGAAUAGAAUGCAAGUAGAGAAUGAAAAGGAAAAAAGUUCAAAGGAUUUGCUAGGACUUAUGAUUCAAGCUUCAAACUCAUCUCCAAAUAUAACAGAUUAUGACAUUGUUGAAGAAUGCAAGAGCUUUUUCUUUGCUGGCAAACAGACCACAUCCAAUUUGCUGACGUGGACUACAGUUCUUUUAGCAAUGCACCCACAAUGGCAGGUGCUAGCACGUGAGGAGGUGGUAAGGGUGUGUGGAGCACGUGACAUACCCACUAAAGAUGAUGUUGUCAAGCUUAAGACGCUGAGCAUGAUCUUAAACGAAUCCCUUCGAUUAUACCCACCAAUCAUCGCUACGAUCAGACGGGCGAAAGCUGAUGUGGAGUUGGGUGGAUAUAAGAUACCAUGUGGGACAGAGUUACUAAUACCCAUCAUAGCCGUUCAUCAUGAUCAAGCAAUAUGGGGGAAUGAUGCAAACGAGUUUAAUCCAGCUAGAUUCUCUGAGGGUGUGGCCCGCGCGGCGAAACAUCCAGUGGGGUUCAUCCCAUUUGGACUUGGGGUCCGCACUUGCAUUGGACAAAAUCUAGCCAUCUUGCAAACUAAAUUAGCACUGGCCAUUAUCCUUCAACGCUUCUCGUUUCGAUUGGCUCCAACCUAUCAACAUGCACCAACCGUUCUCAUGCUAUUAUACCCACAAUAUGGUGCACCAAUUAUCUUUCAUCAUUUGUCAUCGGAUCACGAUGACCCCAUUUGUAAUCAACAUGAUCAACGCUCCUGAUUUCAUCUCCAUCUAUCUAUCUAUCUAUCUAUCUAUCCUUCCUUGUUGUGCGAGUGAGUGGCUUGAGUUUUAUAGGAUCCAAAAAAGUUAGAGCAGAAAUAUAAAAUCUUCUUCUAGUAUUUGACUGACCCAAUGCUCUCUCAUGGUUUUUUAACCGAUGGUUUUUACCAUUAAUUAAGUGUAAGGUUUGUACUACUAGUUGUAGGAUUAUGUUACAGUAAAUUAAUGGCAGGCUAACAGCUAGGUAGCGGUAGCUCCCUGUUUGUAUGUAAUAUAUAUUUUUGCACAAU